GAGAGUUCUGUCGCUGUGGGGAUGACGAGACAGCUUCUUGGGCCGUUGGCAGCGACAAGACGUCUCGUCGCUGGCAUGUCUCCAGAACGUGUGGAUCCUGGACGGACGGAGCCUCCAGCGAGAAUCAUCCCCAAAAUUAUUUCAGUCUGGACGAUAUUGUUCCCGGGUCCCUCGAGAGUAUCUCCAAGCCUUAUUCCACAGUCUUCGAAUCGAUCGUGCCUGUAUCCAGGCCCGAGGUAGCGGAAAUGACGAAGCUGUACGAGAACUACCAGCGUAUGGCGAUGAUCGCAUAUGCGAAUGAAAUGGCGGACGCGUGCAUUCCGCACGGCGUCGACCCCUUCGAAGUCUCCUCGGCCGCAACCAAACCAUUCGGAUAUGCACCGUUCGCACCCAGCUUAGGCGUUGGAGGCCAUUGCAUUCCCAUCAAUCCAUAUUACUUGCUGUCUAAUAGCACUUUCCCUCUUCUCCAAGCAAGUCGAAAUGGACUUUGGAGUUCUGUCGGAUCUUCAGGAUGUUCUUGUGGAGAUGUGGUGUCGUUGAAAAUGGAAAUGCUUUAGCGAGUAUUCCCUCGUACCCCUUCCGUCGCGGUAAAGUGUAAUGAUUUAAUAGAGAGAAGAAUCUAUAUUCAUUCAAUAGAGAAAAGUUCAAGGGUGAUUGAUAUCGAGAGGUCAAC